UGGACUCUACAAGCUCGAGUGAUGUAUACCACUGCCACUGUAAUAGAUAAUUUCGACCAAAAGGGACAGCCCUGUUAUCUACUUCAUAUCUAUACUGUUAAUGGACUUUAUAAUCGAAUUUGUUUGCAAUUCAGCAAAUACUUGGUAGAGCGCGAGUAAAGUAGAUUUAUACUCCUUCGUUGCAGAAUCUUGACGUGCAGUGAUUAUACAGAUCAGAACAAAUGGCGGAUGACAUUUACUUUGGAUCCCUUCGUAUAGAAAGCAAUACCGUCUUCUGAUUUGAUGCGCUUGGAUCGCACAAAGCGAACAAUUCUGUUUGAAGGUGCCAUUAAAGCUUGUUUACGUUUCAUCAGGACCCCCUCCUCUACCCUAUUGAUAAAUCCAAGAAAUGGAGAUGCAAAAGCGACAUGCUCUGCUGCCGACCUUAUCGAGUCAAGAGAGGAGACUCUGUUAAUUUCGUCUUCAUUUCCGGUGGAGGGAGGCGGUAUGGCGCGUCCGACUGCACCUGAGGUAGUCAGGUCUUAUCAGACACGUUUUUACUGUGAGGACUUGUGACUAUACACUCACACGGCAGAUUAAUAAAAGUUUGGUCGAGCUCUGUGCCAUCAGGUGUCCUGGUAUCUAAUACUUUGGGCUAAACGUUAAUUGGAAAAUACAAUUAAGACCCGUGUGUCCGCAUGACAUACCAAGACGUCGAUCACUUCCCGAGUCCGACGUCUGUUUAGUGUGAGCCAAGGAUACCCUUGGCGAACUGUACGAUACCAGGGGGCGCCUUUCACUUUAAUCCUGUACACCGGCCAGUUGAAAUUCAACAGGCACCUGUGCCUCACCGCGGUAAUGAUUGACACCAGUUUUGUAACACGCGCAGAUCCGAUCAGUUUAAAAGAGAAAUUCGGAGCAUCAGAUGUACAGUGCUGAUAGGACGCAAGCACAGAUUACAAGUAAUUAGCAGAGGGGAAAAAAUUGCUGGCGAAAUUUACUUUUCUUGAUUUAUUGGGAAAAAAGCUACAUAUUUUGUGCAAUAGAGUUCGUGACAAUUGUGAUUGGCAGGGUGGUGAAAAUUUUUACAUUCAGUUAGUAAUAUUAAUUACCCAAACUAUGCGAAACACUUUAUUUGCUGUUUUGUUGGAAUCUGGAAAAACAUCAUCUGUGAUGUGUGCUUCCAGUGAGUUUCAUACAAUUCAGUAAGCAGCAGUUGAUAAUAAAAAUGUGGAUUAAUUUUAUUUUAUUAAUAGUGCAAUUGUUCCAUUUCGGUUUUGGCGUUAAACUUGGCACGUGUUAUCAGGAUGGAAACUGUCACUUGCCUUCUUGUUUUUGUGGAGGAAAAAGCGCACCAGGAAAUCUGGAACCAGCGGAAAUUCCACAAAUGAUAAUGUUUUCCUUUGAUGAUGCUGUAACAGGAGAAAUUCAUGAAAUGUAUGAAAAGUUGUUUUCUCGAGGGCGACUGAACCCUAACGGUUGUCCGAUCACUAUGACAAUGUUUGUGUCUCAUAAUUUCACGGACUAUAACCUUGUGCGGUCUUUAUUCCGAAGAGGACACGAAGUGGCUGUCCAUAGUGUCACUCACAGGACCCCGACCACGUUCUGGAAAGAGGCCACUUACAAUCAGCUUCAGUACGAAAUCACAGAACAACGGAGCAUUAUUGCCGAGAAUGCCGGGAUACCUGUUCGGAAUAUUACGGGAUGGCGGAGUCCGUUUUUACAGCCGUCCGGUGACGCUCAGUUCGCGUUAUUACAAGAAAAGGGGUUUGAGUACGAUUCCACUUUAACAAUUGCAACUGAAAAUGGCUUUAGUGCAAAACGAUGGCCUAACACCAUGGAUUAUGGAUGGCAGUUGGAUUGCAAUGUCCGACCGUGUCCGUUCGGAAAAUACCCCGGACUAUGGGAGGUUCCGGUUCAGAUGCUUGAAGUAGGGGAUUCCGGAAGCGGAUGUCUGUACGCAGAUUCCUGUCGUCCGACAACGAUGGAGGAGGCAUUCCAGUUGUUUUGGGUCAAUUUCCAUAACCAUUACACGGGGUCGCGUUCCCCCUUAUUUUUUACUAUGCACCCUUCGUGGUUACGAGAGGAACAUAACAUGAAGGCUUUGAAUUACUUUCUUUUGACAAUUUUACAUUAUUAUCAUGAUGUUUAUUUUGUGACUUAUCAACAACAUUUAGCUUGGAUGAGAAAUCCCACACCUUUAUCGGACAUUUUAAGGUUUGCGCCCUGGAAGUGUGACCAUUUGCGGGUUAUUUCUGAUAAAGAUGGCCAGGGCAGCGGACGAAACAACGCAAAUCCUUCCUACAUUUCCUUUUAUCUUUUCCUCGUCUUUUCUGCAAUUCCAUUGUUAUAUAGAAAAAUAUUUUUUGAUAUAUAUUUUUGUUUAUAUUAAACUUUAUAAUUUCC